AUGACUGGAGAAGUGGAAAAAGGGUCUCAACGUUUGGUGACACCAACUUUGCGAUUCUCGCUCGAAAUCGUACGGCCACUACACGAUGUCGACAUUAAAUCCCUCAAGAAGUGAGAAAAAGAUAAUAGGGAAUGGCGGCAUACACGAAAAUGUGAGGUUUGAACAGAAAAGUUGAGGUUGAACAGCAGAGCUUUACCUAUUCUGUACGGCGAUGAUUAUUGGGCUACUGCGUGCGACCCAACAAAGUCUCUGUACUGCGGAUUCGGUUCGUCGUUAUAUUUGGGAGUAUUCUUUUUUCAAAGAUUCAGCUUUGUUCAAAACUUCUUCGAACCGGCUGCUCGGCUCAAUCGUACUGGUUAGAGAUAUAGUCGAGCUCUACGGAAUCCAAAAUAUGUCAAAAAAGGAGAGGACUCUCGUGCAGUCUUAUGGAAAAGUUUGAAUAUCGCAAUUCAUGGAAAAGUUUUUCCUACAGGCCGCUUAUGUCAGCACGUUGAUGGUGAGGCCGAGCCGACAGCGCCGCGGCUACGGAACGUUGUUGGUGCAGGAGGCAUGCGUUCAAAUGAAACCUUACGCAAAAAUGGUGAUGCCUUUGUAAUUAAAGUUUAUCAGAGUGUAAAUAAAAAAUUUUCCGUUUAUUCUCAAAAAAAAAAAUCGGUAUUUUCGUAAAGCUUUCAUCCUAAAAAUGUUGUGUCAAUUUUUUUUUUAAAUCUCAGCAAAGGAUUGAAGUUUCUCAUUAUCAUAAACAUUCGGUAGAAAAAAUUCAAUUAUAAAAUUUUUGAAGAAAUUAUAUUAAAAAAAUCGGUUGGGAAAAAAACAAGGACUAGGGAAAAAGUUAUAGGCAAAAAAACAUCGCGAUGAACACUUUGAAACAUAUUAUACAUCGAACGAAAAAAAAACACGUUGAAACAAAUAAUGGAAAACAUGAGAUUCAAAACUCUGAACCGUAAAAACAAGAUUCGCGUAGAUUGCGAUACUUUGGUUACAUGCACUGCUUUGCGACACUUUCAAAUACCGUAACCGAACAGUAGCCUCUCGCGCAUAACUUUUGAAAAAAUAUCCAAUAUACGGGUGGUAUGAUUAAUAGUAUGAGUUUUUGACAAAAAACGUGAGUUCUUGUUCGGUUACUGGCCAAAUAAGGUGUAAUCGUAAAUGAAAUGUAGGAGAUUGUGUUUUCAAAGUUUUCAUUCUGCCCAUUCCACGGCGUUCUUUUGAUGACGCCAUACCAUUCUGAUGUUGCGAAAAUGAAGAGAUUGAUUGAUUCGAAUUAAAAAUUUAAUUUGACACUGAAAAUGUUGCUGAAAGGCUUUUUUUUUGCUUUGAAGGGGAAAUUCUGUCAAAACCCAGCAGUUAAUAUUGAAAAUUGAAAAAAAAAAGUCUCUUCGCACUUUGCUGUCGCAAUAAAAAAUAAUUACCGUAAAUCAGAACAAAACAGACAAAGAUACAACUGAAAUAAACAUGAAAAACCACCUGAAGCACUUGAGCAACAAGAAAUUCAAAUGUUCGCGCGCAAGCUGUCUACCGUAAAUCUAGGUGGAGCAACGUUUCGAAGCCGCUCCGCAUUUUAAAAAUUUUUACAAUUUCUUCCACUACGCAGAACGCCUUGAUUCUCUUCACACGAUGUUUUUUCAUUACGCAAGGUCAAGACUUUUCGUAAAUUAUGAUGCUUAGGGUGUAAGCACACCGAGACGCACUAUCGCAUACUCAAAAAGUUUUUUUUCAUUCUCAGGCACUGACGGCGCGUGUUUGUUGCCAAAAGUGCGCAUGCGCGCCGCCUGCUGCGCGCACGCGCGGGGUGUCUCUUUUGUUUUUUAGCUUUUUAACUAAUUGAAAAGUUAUAAAUUUAAUAUUUUUUUCAAGUCUGUUCAUCUCUUAAAAUUGCUCUGCACCAGUUUAUAACAAUUAGAUUGCCCAAAAAAAUUUUUAAAUAUCAAAGUUUCACUUGGCAAUUCUUUUUUUCAUAAAUUUGUUCGAAAGGGCUCGGAACAACUUUAAAAACGUGAGCAGGGACACAAGGUAGUAUCACAAAAAAAUAUAAAAAAAUCUAUUUCAAAACCGUAUUUCAGUGAAAAAAAGGCGAAAAAAAGAAUCAGUACCCCCGCGCGUGCGCGCACCAGUGCCUGAGUUCUUAGAAUUUGCGAUUUCAGGAUAAUAGCUCCUGAAAUGUUCGAAAUUUGUCAUUUUGAAGAAUAUGAUGUGAAAAAAACAUUCACUUACGUUAAAAAAACAUUUAGGAACGAUUUCGAAAGGGGAAAACUCUAAAUUACUGAUUACAAAAUAAAAACAAAAAAUAUUAUGAAAAUGAAUCAGCUCCCAUUGAAUAAGCAUUUGUAAAUACGAAAAAUAUUGAAAUGAGGAAAAUUCGAGGAGCAAAUGAAAAAAAAACAUUUUAUAUACCUCGAAAACCUAGCUUCAGAAAAACAAAUAAUGGAUAGAAAGCAGAAAUUGCAGAAAAAAAACCUCGUAUGGCGAAAUUUUUGUUUAAAUACGAAAAACCAUCAAAAAACUAGAAAAAAUAUAUAAUUUAGAUGAUGCAUAUAUCAAAAUCAUUGAACUGUAUCAGCAAAUUCAAUUUGGCUCUAAUUUACACGAAACCGGUUUCAAACUACGUCAAAGGAAAUAGAUAAUAAAUUUUCAUUAUUAAAUGAUUAAAUUAAAACUAUAGUUUCCGAAAUAGAGUGACUCUUUUCAUGUCGCGAAACAGAUUUCAAAAUUUUGAAAAAUUAGGACUUUUAGAAAAAUCUUCAACUCUUUUGAGAAAAAAGUCAAAGAUCUUAAACCGGUUUAGAAAAGUGCGCAAUUUAAAGCUCCACAAGAUGUACCCAUAGAGAGGCGAAUCAUAUAAAUGCAAGAAAUAGAAAAAAGUAAAAAACCAAGGAAAAAAGUGAAGAAAUUCAAUUUUUGCAUCAGAAACCAUGAGAAGGGCGCAAUAAUGCGCCACGGAUAAUAUGCCGCUGGGACCCAAAAUUUCGCAUUUUUUUUCAUUGCGCGGAACACCGUGUUCACAUCAUUAGAUUUCCACUCCAUCGACUCUGAUCAUGCACUUUCAAAGGGCAUUUUUAGAUUUACCUACACGUCGACGUCAGUAACGAAAAAGCUAUAGCGUUUUAUGCCAAGUGCGGGAUGACAAGAUAUGCGAGGAUCAAGAAGUAAACUUUACCACUUUUAGGUUGUUAAUAUAAUAAUUUGCAGUUACUAUUUUUUGAACGAUGGUCCUCAGGACGCCUACAUUUACAUGAAAGAAUUGAUUUGA